CAGUAGAUACCCUGUCAUUGUCGAUUGGAGCUGUUUCAUUUGCAAGGGAGAUGCUGCUUCUGAGGACUCUCGCUCCCUGGUUGUUGUUCGCCUUCCUCGCGCAACAGGUCUCGCUCUCCUCCGGCGCGCGGGAGAAGGGGCGUAGAGGCUCAGCGGAGGACCCGCGAGGAGCGGGGCAGAGCGCGGGGAGCGCAUCUCCCGGCAAAUCACACACGGAAUGGAGUUCUUCAGCGCCGCGGGGCAAGUUCUCUGUCAAGGACAAGAUGCGGUGCACGUGGGUGGCCAGACAGGACGGGGAGAUGGUCAAGGUCGCGGUCAACUGCGACCGCCCGGAGGCGCGUGUUACAGGUGGAGUCAGCAGCUUGUCCUGUACGUACGUCGGCAGCCCCAAGACCUGCCCAGGGUACAGCACCAACCCCGCGGGCUUCUGGAAGCAGGUGGCCCGGGCGUUCAAGAAGCUGCAGGCCAAAGUGUGCAUUGAUGCCCGCGCGUUGGUGAGGGCCGGCAUGUGUAAGCGCGCACCCCGCGAGGCGCACUUCAAGCUGGAUAUCUUCAGCGCCGUAGCUGCCGCUCAGCAGCCGGAAGAGCCGGAGACACCCCGGCCCGGGCCCCGGACCCCCGCCACCACCGCUACCACUACCACUACCACAGCCUCGACCGGGACAUCUAACGGCCCCAUCGCCGGCAGCUCUUGCACGGAUCGCGCGGACCGGCGGAAACUGGCUGAGGAGUAUUGCAGCAGCUGGGCCAGUCUGUGUUCUUUCUUUUUCACUAUGUUAGAAAGCGGAGACUGCUGACUGCCUCAGUAGAGCUGUGAAUAACGGAAUAAUGGACGUAUACAAACUUAGGCCGAUGUUACAUGUGAAACUCAUUCAUACAACUUGGUACCAUGCAACUGAGAGUUUUUUGGAGUUCCAUCCAGUUAAAAUAAUGAAACAUGAAACAUAAUGAACUGUGUUUGCAUCAUAGAACGUUCCAAAAGGUGGCAUUGCAACAGUGUUUGUAUAUAUAUAUAUAUAUAUAUAUAUAUAUAUAUAUAUAUAUAUAUAAUUACAACGUGCAGCUAAUUGCAUGGAAGUUGCACUGUAACAUCGGCCUUAAAGGAGAAUCUCUUUAUGCUCAUUGUUUUCAUGUUAUUGUUACUUUUGACAAAACAGUAAGUAAAUCUUAUUUUUCCACAAAGCAGUAUAUAAUUCUUGAAUGGUACCUGAAGAAGUAAAGAUAAAUGGUUAUUUUCUGUCGCUGCAUUGAUUAAGCUUAUCAUAACUGAGGACCAGACCCAUGUGUUUUACAGUGUCUGCUUGAUUUUGUGGAUAAAGAGACGUGAUGAGAAGUCAUUUGGUCUAAGCAGAUGUAUGGAGAGUGGUACUUUUGUCUACCUCUGACCAACUUCACCAACAAACAGCUACUAUUAAUGCUAUGCUAUAAUAACAUAAAAACCACUGUAUUUAUGCUUCUCAAAUAAAUAUUCUCUAUUUA